AUGGCAGGAGUUAUGCUACAUGUAGACUUUUUAGAGACUUACAGAGGUGGUAGACAUCUUGUAUGGAAUGGCUUUAUAUAUCGCCAUAACAACAAGAGGGACACAUGGAUAUCAUGGAAGUGUACCGAGAAAAACUGCAAAGCUACAUUAUGCACCCGAGAUGACGUACCCACAAAGAUAGGCCAGGUUCACAAUCAUCUACCAGACCAAGCAGCAGUAGAAUGUAAGAAGAUUAUGAACAACGUACGAACGAGAGUUAAAACCGAACUUCAUCCACUACCAGCCAUCUAUGAUGAAGAAAUAUCCAAACUUCGAACUACUCCAUGGGAUGCCCAGAGUAAAAAGAUUGCCUCUAAACUUCCAAAGUUUGAUGCCAAGAAGUCGUCAUUCUAUCGUAGCAGAAAGAAGACACUAUCGCCAAUUCCGAACACCAGACCAGAGGUACAACUUGAAGGUAAAUUUACCCAGACCACCAGUGGAGAACAGUUUCUACAAGCAAAUGAUGGAGACAAUGACAAAAUACUGAUAUUCACAACUGACGAGAACCUAGUACAUCUAUGCUCUGCCGAGAUCGUCUACUGCGAUGGAACCUUUUAUACAGCCCCACAGAUGUUUGACAGUAUCUUCACCAUCCAUGCUUUUGUUGGUACUGUUAUGUUUCCAUUUAUGUAUUCAUUACUGCCGAAGAGAGAUACUAACACUUACAACAGAUUAUUCACGCUUCUGAAAGACAUUGCCGUUCGACACAACCUGGACUUCUCACCGUGCACAGUUAACCUUGAUUUCGAAUGUGCUUCCCGUAAUGCCGUCACUCAGACACUUCCAGCAGCAGAACUCAAAGGAUGCCUGUUCCACUACACAAGUACCAUCUGGGAAAAGACACAAGAAUAUGGACUUCAGACUGACUACAAGAACCUUCCCGAAGUCCAGGAACUUGUCCGCCGUGCAGCAGCUUUGCCACUUCUUCCAUUACACCAAAGAGAAGACUGCCUGAAACUCACAGAUUACGUCACAAAGACAUGGAUUGAAGGGCGAUAUCCACAAUCAACAUGGAACCACUUCCUAACCGAAGGACCCAGAACCAAUAACCACUUAGAAGGAUGUCGCAAUAAACUAAAGAAGAGAGUGAAGACAUCACAUCCCAACAUCUACAAGAUCAUCGAGGAGUUCCAGCGACUGCAAGCAGCUACCGAGGUGAAGAUAAUUCAAUAUGCAGCAGGAGGACAGAGACGAAAGAAAGCUAGGAAGUACAGAGAAGUAGAAGAACGUCUAGAAAACCUAAAGACUGAUCUAAUGAAUGGGACCAAAGACUUCAUCCAGUAUGGAGACGCAGCAUCCUACAUUCUGAAACUCAGUGAGAUAUUUAUAGUGCUUAAUUUGAAUUUGAAUGUUAGGACUAUUUAUUAUAGCAUAUCGAAACAGUGA